GCUGAUUUCAGGUUACAGCUUUCUUCUUCUUCUUCUUCUUCUUCUUCUUCUUCUUCUUCUUCUUCGUUUGCAAGUUGCAUCAGUUUGCUAGGAAAAGCACCUUGAAGCAUGGAUCUUGAGAAGAAGCGCAAAAAGCUUUGCAAGGGAAGGGGAAAGGGAGAGGGAAAAGUUGAAGUUGAGAGCAGCUUCAGUAUAUGUGAUCUACCAGAUGCGAUUCUCCAGCUUAUCAUAUCCUCCCUUCCCACAAAAGAAGCAAUUCGAACGAGUAUACUCUCCAAAAGAUGGGAGCAUCUAUGGAGGGAUAUCUCCAAGAUUGAGUUGGAAGAGGAAGAAGUUGAGGAAAGGCGGCAAUUCAUGCACUUUGUGACCAGAUUGCUUGUAACUUGUAAUUGCUCCAGUGUUAAGAAGUUUUCUCUGUCAUGUAUUGUUGGUGAGGAUGCUAAUCUGGUUAACGAGUGGCUAUCUGGUUUCAUCAACCCUAAGAUUGAAGAAUUAUCUCUUCAAUUCGAAGAAAUUCCAGAACCAUUAGUCUUCCCUGACCAACUGUUUACCUGUGCCACAUUGACAGAGUUUAAAUUGGAUAUGCAGCAUGUCUUGAAGCUUCCUUCUUCCGUUCAUUUUCGGUGCCUUCGGACUUUGACUUUGUCUAACAUUAUAUUCAGUGAUACUUAUUCAACACAACGGCUUUUCUCUGGUUGCCCAGCCUUGGAGGAUUUGUCCCUAAUUGAUUACAAUUUGAAGAAUGUCGAAGUUGUUUGUAUUUAUUCUCCUUUGCUUCGACGGAUUUAUAUACGGGAGAACGAAGAUGAUAUGUUGGAUGAAGAUGAUGAUGAUGAUACAGGUGGUCUGAAUGUUACAAAUUCCUGCAAAGUACUGAUCGUCGGAACUAAUCUGAAGUCAUUUACGUAUCACGGCGAUUGUAUGAAUGAAUAUUUCUUAGUUCAUUCAACCUUGGUGAUUGAUGCAUCUAGUCAGGUUCAAGUACCUCGGACAGGGACAACACCUGGGAAAUAGAUUCAGGCAAUUUCACGUCCAGACUUCUCAAAAUGCUCCCAAAUGUGGAGAAGCUUUCUAUGUCUGAGACUUCUAUAAUGGCACUCAGCAGAACAACAUCUUUACUCGGGCAACUACCUUUAUUUUGUAAUUUGGCUGAACUAGUUCUUGACCCACUGUCGUCCAUAGAGUUGUCCUAUGCUGCAUUACUGACCCUACUGCGAAACUCGCCUUGUCUUCAAGUUAUUAAAUUUCAGGGAGGGUUGUCUCUGGCCAAAGGUGAUGCAAAUUGUAUAUUUGAUCCCUUGCCUGUGUGUUUUAGUACAACCCUGAAGAUGAUUGAGAUCAGUGGCAUUACUGGAAAAAAAGAUGAGUUAUUUGCAAUAAAAAUUUUGUUGCAAGCUGCAUCAGUGUUGGAUAAACUUCGGAUUUCUUGUUAUUGGUUUUCGUUUGAUUUGGAUGACAGACGUAUAGGAUUAAAGAGAACAAAGGAAUUGUGCAAGCAGAUCUUGAAGUAUCCUAAAAGGUCAAUGGAUUGCGAGAUAGAAUUCGAAUAUAUUGAGCUAUUAAGCUUUAUGACUUAUGUUUUGAUACGGCUGUAGAAUUUAAAGACUAGCAACUUAGCAAGGAUUACAAAUGACGUAUGUAGUUUCUAGGUUUCUUAAAAUUUGCUCAGUGCCAUCACAAAUCCAUUAGUUUUUUAUAAUCUAUAAUAUUUUUUUGCAUAUUGUAUUCCAUUAAAGAUCAGUUAUCCGGAGGUAGGCUUGACAGAGUUAAGGGUGGAAAAA